UAAUUUAUGGAUAUAUUAGUUUAGAGGAUAAGUGAUAAGUUUUACGCCCCAUUUACAGUGCCAUAAGAUAGUUUAAUCUAGGGUUAAUAUAGAAUAUAAUUAUAAAUAUAUCAAGAUGGGUAAUACGCCAACAGGCGAAAAAGCGCACAAGGCAGGAAAAUCACCGACUAGAAGUCGAAACUUUAUAAGAAAUCUAAACAGAAAAUCGUCCGGGAAAGAUAAAAAACACGGCCGUAAAAAGAGCAACGCAAAACGAGAUAGGGAGUUCGAUAAAUCCGAAUCAGAUAACAAUGAAGCGAUUGAGGCUUCCGAUAACGAUACGGUCGAGUGCGUGAGAGAGGAGAGCGGGGUCGAUGUGGAAACGAGGAGUGUGCAGUCAGUAACGGUGACCAGGUGCGGGUUGCGGUCACCGACCCGCGACCACUCCGCACCUUGCCUGCCGCAACCUUCACCCGCGGACGAGUCACCCGACUCAGUGUUCACGGAUCCUCUCACGCCGCUGGCCGCUAUCGAGCUCAACCAGUGCUACUACUCCGCGGAAAGUGACAGUACCCACGGAGUACUCACGCUCACACCACAAACAGAUGUCUCACUCGACAUGCCACACGAAGAAUCGCCGCGUUUAGAAAAAGAAAAAAGUGACAUUUCCGAUGACACAAGUGACAGGGAUGAGAAUAACAUGGGUGGUAUUUUCGUGAAAUCACACGAUGAUGCGGGAGACGAGCGUACAGUGGAUUUUAAUCAUGAAUAUCCAGACGACAGACCCAAAAACACAUUUACUGUGUCGAAGCACAGGAAGGUUGAGUUGCCUCGAGUAGCGGCUCAAACCUCUCUCGCCAUUAUAGAUGGAAACGUUAAUGAUCGAAGACAUUUGAGUUUGAGCGAGCCUGUCCCAGACUCCAAUGUUUUGAGGAAAGUGGCUUCGCUGACUCUGGAUAAGCACUCGGAGAGUAAACCAGUACGUCCCAAGUUUGUUCCGGACAAAUUGGACUUCCAGCUCUAUGAAAAGUUUGAAGGCCAAGUGCUACUAAAUUGGUUUGUAUCAGCCACUGAUGAUACUGUGUCAAAAAAUGUUUUGAGUGCAAAUGACUUGAGAAGUCUUGGUAUACAGUAUUGUACACAUUUACUAUCAGCGGGUGUUCUGCGGCAAUUACCAGACAAGAAUGCACCAAUAGAAAAUACAUUUAAGCCAAGCUUAAUGUAUUACUGGGCACAUAUGGAACCACCAGUUGCACAACCCAUAACACCUGGUCGACUUCAAACAAGUUCAUGGCCUCCAAAGCAAGAAACACACACAAAAAAUAAUACAUUUGAGUCUUUAGAUAAUAAAACACAUUUUCUUUUUAAUUAUAUUGAAGAAUUAGAUAGAAUAAGUGAUAUUUCAGAGGCCAAGAUAAUUAUAGCUGAUUUAAUAAGAAAAGUGCAUGAAUUAGAAUUUGAAUUAAAUAAAAUUAAAGAUAAUUCAAUUGAAAGUUUGAGUAAUAACAAAAAUCAAAGUUCCGAUUACAUUACAAAAGAUGUAAGGUGUAAAGUUGAAAUUGGAAGGAAUGAAGUUCAUGCAAACAAUAAUGGCAAUGAACAUAGAAUGUUGAAUGAUAAAUCUGUGAUAAAUGCAUCUAUGUUUGAUAUAUUAGAGAGAAACACACCCCCAACAAUAUGUUAUGACUGUAAUGUAGCACAAAACAAUUUUAUUCAUAAAUUGAAUUAUAAUGAAACUGAGUCAAGAUCUGAUAAAAUAGAAAAUUAUUGUAAGCUUAAUAAAAGUCGAGAGAGUAACAAAGCAUAUAAAAAACAAUUUGCAGAUGAAGAAAAAUGUUUUACUUAUGAUAUAGUCACAAAAAACUAUGAAAAAGAACAGUUUAAUGAGACUGAAAACUUGAAUGGCCAAUCAAGCCCCAGUCAUAACAAAAAUAUAUUAUGUGAUAGUUCCUCAGAUGGUUCAUUUGUUACUACUGAUAAUGGUGUAUCUAAAAAUCAAUAUAAUAAGUUAAUAGGCCUUGAAACAUCUUUUGAGUCUGAAAAAUAUCCAACUGCCAUGCUCUUUAAUAAAUCUAGCAACAUUUGUCUGAAUUCUAAGACAUCUUUAGAACAAACCCACUCUGAGCAGAGUUGGAAAUCUGUGUCAAUAUCACAAGAACCCCAGACUGAAAUACAAAAUGAAGAUUUAGAUAAUAAUGACUUAAAAGAAAAUAAUGAGGAUGAUAAUUCACUAACACCUACAAUUAUUAUUUCAACCUCAACAAAAUCUCAAAAUAUAUUAGAGUCAUCAUCCAAUACAAUUGACAUAUUAACAAAGUUAGCAAUUGUUGAAGCAAACGAGCUUUCACCACGUCUUGAACAAGUAUCAUCAUCACCAUCAAUGCUGGAAACGCAAACCUCACGUGAUACUGAUCAGACUCCCUUAAUAAAAAUAACAGAAAAACCAGCAACCUUAGAUCAUCCUCGAAUACCUGAAAUAGGUCCUUUACCUGCUUUAAUACCUGAAAUUCAUCCGUUACCCGCACUGAUGUCAGAUACUGUUCCAUCAUCUAUCGCAGAUAUCUGCUCAAGACCCACUUCUUUACCUGAAACCGAUCCAUCCUCUCCUCCACCGCCCGUGCCGAGUAUGGGCCCCCCACCACCACCCAUGCCUGGAACAGAUACGCCAUCAACUACAAUCACCGAAACCAUGCCUUUAGUAAGCCCAACUCUUACACCUAUUGCAAAAAUAGCCCCAAAGCCACCACCAAUGCCUGAUAUGGACCCACCACCACCACUAAUGCCUGAAAUGGUCCCAACGCCACCACCUAUGCCAGAUAUGUGCCCACCGCCUCCACCAAUGCCUGAAAUGAGCCCAACAUCGCAAUCAAUGUCAAGUCUAGGCCCACCGCCACUUCCAAUGCCAGGAGUGGGCCCACCUCCGCCACCUAUGCCAGAUAUGGGCCCAACACCUCCACCAAUGCCUGAAAUGGGACCACCACCACCGCCACCACCAAUGCCAGGUAUGGGCCCACCGCCACCACCUAUGCCGGGUAUGGGCCCACCACCACCACCACCUAUGCCUGGAAUGGGUCCACCACCGCCACCACCUAUGCCGGGUAUGGGCCCACCACCACCACCAAUGCCUGGAAUGGGUCCACCACCGCCACCAAUGCCAUGUCUAGGCCCACCGCCACCUCCUUCACCUGGUGUGGGCCCACCGCCGCCUCCUCCAAUGUCUGGAAUGAGUCCUCAAUCAACCUCUAGUAAUUCAAGUCUGACAUCUGGUCCUGCUCCAUUUCCUAUGCCCCCGGCAGGAGGCUGGACUAUGCAAAGAGCUACAUUGAGAAAAAAUCCAAUAAAACCCGCUUUUCCUAUGAAGCCUUUAUACUGGACACGAAUACUUGCAACACCGGCAGUACAAUAUCCUGAAACAGUAUCACGGGGUGCAGGGCUCACACCAUUAUGGCUAGAAAUUGAUGAAACAAAAUUGGACAAUAUUGAUGAAUUCACAGACUUGUUUUCUAGACAAGUCGUAAAAGCGCCGGUGAAGAAGAAAGUUGAGGUGAAAACGAAAAUUCAACCGAUGAAGCUCUUGGACAGCAAACGGUCACAAAAUGUCGGUAUACUCUCACAUAGUCUGCACGUAGAAUUCUCGGAAAUAGAGAAUGCUAUUUAUAAUUUCGACACAUCCGUUGUAAGUUUGGAGGCACUGCAACAAAUAUAUGAGUUGAGAGCUACACCUGAGGAAUUGUCAUUAAUAAAAGAGCAUCUAAACAACAAUCCCAGUGUUCCAUUAGACAGACCGGAAGCAUUCCUCCAUGACUUAUCGGGCAUUCCAAAUUUCGCUGAACGGAUAGCGUGUUUUAUGUUUCAAGCGGAGUUCGAAGACGCCGUUAACACUACAAUGCACAAAUUAGACAAUUUAAAGCAUACUUGUGAGUUUCUCAUGACAAGUGAAUCUCUGAAGCAAGUGUUUGCAAUCAUAUUAACACUUGGUAACUACAUGAACGGUGGAAACGGACAAAGGGGGCAGGCUGACGGCUUUGGUCUUGAAAUUCUUGGCAAGCUGAAGGACGUCAAAUCGAAGCAGCCGACGGUGACACUGCUGCAUUUCAUCGUGCGUACGUACAUGCGUGCGAGGGGCGGGGCGCUAGCGGUCUCGUGCGAGCUGCCCGUACCUGAGCCGGGAGACAUUGCACGCGCCGCUGCACUAGACUUCGCUGAUGUCAGCGCCAAUCUCGCUGCCCUGCGCAAACAGCUGGAAGGUUGCAUUGACAUGAUGAAGAAGGUGGUUGAAGCCGAUGAGUUGAGGAAAGCGGACAAAACCAACGACAAUAAAAGACUGGAUGUCUUCAAAGAUAAGAUGACAACGUUCCUGGACGCAGCUCAAGAUAAACUCAAGGCUGAAGAGGAUAAUUUGACGGAGUGUCGCAGCAAGUUUAUAACGACUGUCAAGUUCUACCAGUACAAGCCGAAAUGCGGCAAAGUUGAAGACUGUGAGCCCAAGGAGUUUUUCGCGCUUUGGACCUCAUUCUGCAGCGAUUUUAAAGACAUAUUUAAGAAAGAGGAACAGUUGGCUUUGAAGGAGAAGUUAAAAGAAACGAAAAAGCUACAGCACCAAAGAAAACCACUUUCUCAACCAAUGAGGGAAGGUGGCCUAAAGGACAGGAUACGGAAGAUGUCAAGACAAUCUUGAUUAGCUCAUCAAUACUCAAUGUAGUAAAUACUUUUGCAUACUUUAUACAUUCCUGGUGAUUUUGUACUUAUUUAGAUUGUUAGAAAGUCAGUCUCAAAUAGAAUUUACUGUGUUUUUAUAUGAUUUGUUGGGCUGUUGAAGAAAUCAUGGGCAUUUAAUAGGUACUAUGUUUAAUUAUAAGUUUAUAGUUAUUAUUUUGAUUAGUCAUCUGCACCUAUCUGAUCAAAUUGCAGCGUACAGCAACAUUCCGAACUUAAAUUGGUGCAUAAAAAAAUGCACUAUAAGUUUUAGCUCGCAUAGCAUUAUGUUUAUCCUCACCUAGUCUGGGGUUUUCCUCUUUCACAUACCUACGUACACGGACUAGUAAAACAAUAAGGACUGCGUGUCACCUUACAUAACAGUGUAGCACCAAAACAAACCGAUUAAAUGUGUAAAUACAUAGCCCCACACACACACUUACACUACUACAUGCCGAUCGGCGGCCAUUAUGAGAAUUGUCAACGUCUGUGACAGAUCAGUUUGCGUCUCAAUAAAAUAUUUUAAAAAUACCGUCGUGCGUUGUGAAAAAGUGUAAAAACGAUACUUUAUAUGUAUUUGUGGCCAUAUAUGAUUAUUUAAGGGAUAAAAAUUGUGUAACUAGUAUCCCCCGUAACCGCACACACACUAGCAUAACGGUGCUUCACUUGCUAAUAUCACGGCGCGGAGUCCUUCUUUUUUUACUCGUCCGUGCCUACUUAAAGCUUAGUACUGGCGCUACAAGCUGUCGUGUACAAAUAAGACUGAAUAUCGCACUUGCCCUUUGACUAAAUAUUUUUUUUUCUAAGAUUUUAUGGCCUGGUAACGGACUAAAUUAUUGCAUAUAACUAUCAGACGUAAGUCUAUUUUUUUAUUUAUUUGCAAGCAUCGUAGUCAAGGUGAUUUUGUUAAAUUUAUCUCAGUCAUCCGCGAGCGGAAGGAAAAAUAUUAAUAAUAUAAUAAAUAUUAAUUAAAAUAUACCUAGUUGUUGAGCGAAAUAGAUAGUGGAAAAACAAUGGGAGCUUUAGUAGAAGGGGUAUAGUUUUGGAGUAUUUUUGUAAAACAAACAUUAUUUAAUUGCAUCGCCGCCAUUUUGAUAGUCGCCAUCUUGGUUUUUUGUUACCUAUUUGUCGAUAUAGUUUUAUAUCUAUUGAUAGCACAUAGACAGACGAACAAAUGAGUCCAGUAUGAAGGUUCUCGUUAGAACCCGAAAAAUGAAGUUGAGUUUACUCCUCAACAUAACUUUGUGAUAUAUGCUACUUUAAUAUCAUACCUUAUAUAUUGAUUAAAUGUUAUUAUAAAUUUUUAGAUAAUUUAUACCUACUCUAGAUAGAGCCUCUUGCUGCUAGACAACCGAUGAAAACAGGCCAGGUUUAUUACUUUAGUGUGCGUGACAAGGCACGUUUUACCCUCGCAAUUUAUAUGUCACUUUGUGUUAGUGUGCGUGCAUAGCUCAAAGUAAAGGUUAAAAGUCAACCUCAAUUUUUUUCGAUGCAUUUAGUUAGGUACAAGAAACACAUGAUUAAGAAAGUACUUAUCAAUGUGUUACUUACUUACAUUGCUUGAAACGACAAACUAAAUUCGUCGUAAAAAAAAAAGAUAAUACUUAUUUUGUUUGUGUUGCGAAGACUGUUAUUUAUACUUAAAUUAUUGAAUCAUUCCUCUAUUAAUAAUAUUUAUUUUUAAUGUUAUUUUAUUGUAUUUAUUGUCUUGGUUGAUUGUACAAUGUACCAUUAUGCUUUUUUAUGGAGUUUACGCAUAUUAUCACUACCACAGUUGUGUUUCUCUAAAAACAUAUUUGCUAAUAAUAUUUCCAUGCCCAGACAAUUUAAUAUAUACAAAUCUGCAUUCAACUUUCUAAUACAAUCAGUGACUCAUGGGGCUAUUUAAAUAUUUUAUACAUUAACCUAAGCCCAGUGGACAUUAAGUGUAUAAGUACAUACUCAUAUUAUUUAUAUAUAUAUACUAAUGGAACCGACAGACGUUGUCAUGUACACACGUCUUAAAUUUGAAAAAUCGGUCCAGCCGUUAGGAGGAGUUCACUAACAUACACAUGAGCAGGAGAAUUAUAUUAUAUGGACGGAAUUGAUAAUCUAAAUCAAUCUCAAAUUCACUGGAACACACAAAAAAAUCAUCAAAAUCGGUCCAGCCGUUUACGAGGUAGUUCAGUAGUGAAUCUAAACCAUUCUGGAAUCCACCUGAAGACACACACCAAUCUCAAAUUCACUGGAACACACAAAAAAAUCAUCAAAAUCGGUCCAUCCGUUUAGAAGGUAGUUCAAUUAUGAAUCUAAACCAUCCUCAAAUCCCCUUGAACUCACACAUAAAAUUUCAUCAAAAUCGAUCCAGCCGUCUAGGAGUAGUUCAGUGACAUACACACGCACACAAGAAAUAUAUAUAUUUAAUUAGUGUUUUAUGUCUGCAAAUUGGAAUAAUGAGAUUUCUUGGGAACUCACAAAGAAAGUCAUAAGUAGGUCAUAAGCUAUUUAAUAGGCAAUAUUUGGCAUAUAUAUCCAAUCGAUAUUACUUACUUUCGAUUUGAUGAUUAUUAUACUAAACAAACGUAUUAUUACACAAAUUAAAUUUGAAAACAAAAUUUAUGAACGAUGCGGGACUCGAACCCGCGACGUCUCGCGUUCCGUGCGAGCGCUGUUCAACUGAGCCAACCGUUUGAGUGACGUAAAGAUCAUAAAUCUUGAUGUCUUUGUUCAACUCUCAGGUUGUGGCUUCAUCUACUGUAACCUGUAGUGAAGCCACAACCUGAGAGUUGAAAAUAAGGGACGAGACGAGCAGGAUGUUCAGCUGAUGGUUAUUGAUACGCCUUGCCCAAUCCAAAAAUUCUAAGUGGUACUACAAUUGCGCUCGUCACUUGAGACAUAAGAAGUCUCAUUUGCCCAGUAAUUUCACUAGCUAGGUAACCCUUCAGACCGAAACACAAUAAUGUUUACACAUUAUUGCUUCACGGCAGAAAUAGGCGCCGUUGUGUUACCAGCCAUAAUAUAACCGGCAUGCUGCGCAAAGGAGCCUACCACUGGUACAAUAUUGUGAAUGAUGUUUGUGUAUAUUCAAAAACAAAUCUUGACUCAGGCAUGCUUCUUAGUAGCUAUAUAUUCUAUUCUAUUCUUUCUAGUGGCUUCUGUGGAAGGGGCACCACAACUCGCCAAUAUUUAUGAAAGCUAUAUAUUUAUGAAAAGCCCAAUAAAGUAGUGUUUUUACUGUCAAUAUUGAAAUGACUGAUUAUUUAUUUGUAUAUGAGUACAUGAAGCAGACCUUCUUGUUUCAAUAACUGUUGUAAUGGCUAUAUGUCAUCAUUAGGUAAGAAAUUAAUGUUCAGUAAACGUCGGGUUUCCCCUUAAAGUGAAAUCCAAUGGUUUGAAUAAUAUUAUUAUAUAAUAAUAGAAUGAUCGAAUAAUAAUGAUAUAAUGAAUUAAUAUAACAAUAAUGAUGAUAAAAUUAGUUGUGAAUUUUGGUAAGUCAAACUAGCAUUGAUUUAAAUUAUAUUUGUAAUAAAUUGAUAUUAGCGACUUCUUUCUUUUGUUGAAUGUAUAUACCUAACAAUGUAAAAAAGUUCAAAUGUUAAAAUUUGUGUUGUUAUAAAACAUGUGGCAGCCGAACUGUCUAGUUGAAUGAUAAUAAUUAUUAAUGAAUACAAAUCACUGACCUCUACUUUAUACCACUGGACUGGCGGCUGUCAAAGUACUUUUGUGCCUGUUUGAUAUUCGCCGUUUUGGCGCUGUUUGCCAUGUAGCAAGAAUCUGCGGUACGAAAACUAGUGAUGACAACCUUAGCAAACAUCGAUGCAAAAGUACUUCAGAGUAUUGUAUUAUAUGUUCCUUCUCAGCUAUUUGUAUUAUACGUCAAAAUUAGUUCUCUGGACGCUCGCGAGUGGCGCUUCAAAUAGGCACACAAAAUUUGCUGUCAAACAUAUUAUGGAACAGCCUGUCCAGUGGUAUUUAUACAGGUCAGUGAUACAAAGUUACCAAUCUUAUUGCUUCUACAGAAUUUCCAUUGCAGGGUUACUUCAAUAAAUUAUAAUUUACUAAAACCACUUAUUGAAACACACCACAUGGGAAUCUGUUUGAUAAUUUUUGAGGUAAUUUGCAUUCAGCUAGACAUUUUCUGUGUUAUUAAUAAACUCGAAGUAAAGUUCCAACUUUAAAACUGUGUCUGUGUUUUUACAAAAAAGUUAAACAUGUGUUGAACUCUUGUUUUAAAAAGGUCUUUCUGUUGUUUAGUGUUCAUCAAUGUGUUCAAUAUAUUAUAUUAUUAUAGAAGAUUUAGAUUGUAUGAUGACAGAUAGAUGACAGCUGCAAAAAUUGUGUUGCAUUCGUUUAAUUUUUCCUGUACACUUUAGUUGUGCUUUACAACAUUUUAGUUCAACACAAGCUAAACAGUGUUUUGUAAUAGAAAAAGAUAAACUCCAUUCUAGAUGUUGUUAUUGUCAGGUCACUGACAUUGUUAUAGUUAAGUCACUGUCUAACAACACAUGUCCAACAGCUGUUCCCAAUAUUCAGUCUUUCGCUUACAUGAGAUAAAAUUCGUAAAAACUAUCAUUGACUUUUCUGUCUUAAUAAACUUAUUGAUGGUAACUCACCUUAUCCGUACAUGCUGUCUGUCAAUGGUACGACAUAUAGCUUUUUUUAAUAACACCGUUAUACUUUUGUCACUACGGAAUUAAAUGACAGGGAGAAGUAAUUUUAAACUUGGAGCAACUUUACAUUGUGUUUAUUAAUAGGACAGGCUAUGUUCUUGUUUGUUUUAGAUCAUUGUAUCAUAAUUUAUUGCUCAUUGAGUUUAAGAAUGUACCUGAUAUAAAUCAAUGUUACUUUUAUGAGAAUGGUGCUGAUGUAAACAGAGUUUUGCAAAAAUAUAUAUAAUUAAUGGUAAUAAUAAAUUUACAAUUUA